AGAAAACCAAAGCCGCAGCCGCGCGACGUCCGUUCGAAUUGCACGAAUGGCAAUGAAUGAAAGUCGCUUUAGUACUGAAAAGGUCGUGGAUUUGUGUAGUUGUCGUGUGCGCUGGCUGCUCCGUCGUUGUCGGGUACCGUUAUUUUCCGUUUGCCGUUUACCGCUCAAAAUCAGAAACAUUCGUCGCAGCAUGCACGUUCACGUUCACGUUUACGUCCGAGUUUCGCAUAUCGCCGCGUAUCUUUUUUGCAGCUAAUCGCAAAUCGGUAAAACGCAAGCAAAAGCCACAAAAAUAAAGCAGUAAGAAGCAAAAGAAUCUGUUAAUCGAAUGUGCUAAAUCAGUGCUGCAAAAAUCAUUAAUAACCACAGUGAUUAAUUGUUGAAUGCUGUGUCCGUGUGUGUGUGUGCCUGCAUGUGUGUGAGAGUGUGAGUGUGUGUAUACGGAACGUAAUACAUAGUUAGUGCACGUGCAAAAAAGCAAAACAUUCUUUUUUGGCUCCACCUUUUACACACUUGUGUUGUUAUGCAAAUUGCGUCGCUUGCUUCAGGCAGCAAUAGCAAUAACACCAACAACAGCAACAACAGCAUCGGCAACAAUAACUUAGUGUCUGUGUGCGUGUGUAGUACGUGUGUGCAUGUGUGUGUGCGUGGCAUACUUUGCGGCAUACGCGCCCACAAUGCAUAAAUCAAAAUACACAUUAUUGAGUCAUAAAUAAAGUUCGCAUCGCUCGCAUCGCGCCUCGCUACUUUAAAUAAGGCCCAAGGCGUCAGUGCGCAAAAGGCAAACGCAAGGCAACGCAGAGUAAGGCCGAAAAAUUGAUGCUUGGCAUCCGCACAAAUACUUUGCCAUAUUUUUUGCUCAAUUGUUUGCCAUUGAUCCUUGUUGCGCCACUUCUUCCUGGCCUUUCCGCCGGCAAACCGCCUGCUCAAUUGAUGAUGCGUGCGUCUCGUUUGUUGCAUAAAACUUGCUCAAUGCUUACACGCCCUCAACAGCAUCAGCAGCAAAUAUAAAAACAAGAACAACGGCAACAACAACAACAACAACAACAGUGGCAGAAACACCGACAACAACAGCAACAACAGGGAGUACUACAAGAGUCCCUCGGGCUGGUUUUAUUACAAAGGCCGUAAAAAGCACCCAAAAAAACCAAAAAGCCAAAAUAAAAAAAAGAAAGAGCAACAACAAAAAAGAAAACAGAAACAAAAACCGGAGUAUAUGCUAUUGAAAGGAUACAACGCGACGUCCUGUGAACACGCAUUCGCAUACAUUUUAAGGCACUGUGUGUGUGGUAACUUGACAGAAGGAUUUGAAAUUAAAUUUUAAGCAGUAGCAGGAUGAGACUUGCGUUAAAAGCCGCUCAAAAUGUGCAACACGUGCGCGUUUUAUUUUAAAUAUUUAUAAACAAACAUCUACUAACACACACACACACACACUCAAGUCAGGGAAUGAUGAGUGUGUGUGCGCCACUAAAGUUACUUGGUCGCCUCGUCAAAUUCUAUUAAAAAUUCAUCUUAACGGUUAUGUGUUUUGACAAAAAAAAAGAAAAUAAAUAAAUAAAAAAAAAAUACAAACAAACAAGCACAACAUAAAGAAGCAACAGCAACAACAACAACAACGAUAAGAACAGCAGCUGAAAAAGGGCGACUGUUUGUAAAUAUUAAAAUGAAUUUAUGUGCAGCGCAAAAGUUUUUAAUUAAGUGAAAAAAUUAAAGCAAAAACCAAAAAGGAUUGAAGCACGCGUACAACAACAACAGAAGGAGCAAACGCAACAACGACAGGACAUAAAUAAAUAAAUAAAUAAAACAGAGAGAGUGGAAAUUGUCACCAACACUCACACACACACACAUACGACGACGCGUGCAAUAAGCCACCAAAUCAUUUGGCUUCGUGUGUGCGGUGCGGUGUGUGUGUGUACAACAAACUCUCGUAUCUGAAAUGAUGUUUGCACAAAGUGAGGCAAAUGUAUUUGCAUUUUUUAUGCCCAUGUAGCUGCUAUACUACCUGCAAAGUACAUACACAUUUAUACACAAUUUACGUAUAGCGAUUGAAUUUUGCCAUUGGAAGAGAGAAAAUUACAAAGGCCACGAAGAAGGACCAACCAUGAAGGAGUCACGGAAAUUCAACCCAUUCACACCUCUGUUCCUCAUCAUUGUCAUUCUGCAACUAACUGAGAUUGAGACUCACGAGCACAGCGAUGGAUACAAGCCAGAUGGGGAAAUCUUGCGCGUGCUUGUCAAUAAUUCAGCACAAAUCAAAUGCGAUGUGGGCUCCAGUUUGCCCGAUGACAAAGUGCUGCUGGUCGUUUGGUACAAGAACAAUUUGCCCAUUUAUAGCUAUGACACACGUGGCGCCCACGCGGGCACACCCUCGCAUUGGCGUGACGAAGAGGUCCUCGAGGACAGAGCCGUCUUUCGCACGCACAAGGAGCCGGCGGAAUUGAUUAUAAAUCCGGUUAAGGAAAAGGAUGCGGGCAACUUUCGCUGUCGCGUGGAUUUCAAGCUGUCUCAGACCAGAAACAGCAAUGUCAAUCUGGAAGUUGUUGUGCCCCCGCAGCAACCGAAUAUUUACAAUGAUCGUCGCAUGCGCAUCGAUUCUCGAGCAGGUCCUUACGAGGAAGGCGGUAGUCUGGAAGUCACCUGUGUCGUCUUUGGCGGCUCGCCGCCACCAACUGUCACCUGGCUGAUGAAUGGACAACUUCAGAACAGCGUUGUCGAUUACACAUACGACGGCACCAUCAACAGCAAAUUGGUCGUACGCAACUUGUCACGCAUCCACCAGCAUGCGGUCUAUACCUGCCAAGCCAGCAAUUUCCACAAGAAAUAUGUGGCCACCAAUAUCACAAUCGAGCUCUAUCUGCGACCGCUUCUGGUGGAAAUCAGUUUCAACAAUCAGCCAAUGUCGGCCGACCGUAAAUACGAGAUUGAAUGCCAGGCAAUUGGAUCGAGGCCACCGGCUAAGAUUACCUGGUGGAUGGGUAACCUGGAGAUGCACGGCCACAGCCAGAAGGUCUCUGAGGAUGGCAAUGUGAGCACAUCGGUGCUGUCGAUUACCCCAACCAGAGAGGAUCAUGGCAAGGCGUUAUCCUGUCGAGCGACCAACGAGCUGGUGCGCAAUGGCAUCCGUGAGACGGCCAUGAAACUGAAUGUGUUCUUUAUACCCACCUUACAGCUGGACUUGGGCUCAAAUCUAAAUCCCGAGGAUAUCGAGGAAGGCGAUGAUGUUUAUUUCGAGUGUAAAGUGCAUGCAAAUCCUGCUGCUUAUAAAGUUGUCUGGAAGCAUAAUCAUCAAAUCAUACAGCACAAUCAGCGAGCCGGAGUAAUUGUGAGCAGCGGAGAUCUGGCGCUGCAGGGUGUCACUCGUCAUCAGGCCGGAAAUUACACGUGCACCGCCUCGAAUGUGGAGGGCGAUGGCGACUCCAACAUUGUGGAGCUUAAAGUGAUGUAUAAACCAAUUUGCCGACCAGAUCAAAAGAAAAUCUAUGGCGUGGCUCGCAGCGAGGCAGCCGAAAUCGUUUGCGAAGUGGACGCCUUUCCGCCACCCGAGAAUUUCAAAUGGUCCUUCAACAACACCGCUGAGACCUUCGAUAUGCCACAGAGCGGCUUCCGUCCGCACUCUGCGCAGGGUUCGACGCUGACGUAUACCCCCGUUAAGGAAAUGGACUUUGGCACCAUCAUGUGCUGGGCCGACAACAAUGUGGGUCAACAGAAGGAGCCGUGUGUGUUCCAUUUAAUAGCUGCUGGCAAGCCGGAAGCGCCAACCAAUUGCACUGUGGUCAAUCAAACGUCCGACUCAUUAGAGGUUUAUUGCCUUGAAGGUUUCGAUGGCGGCAUGCGUCAAUGGUUUUUAAUGGAAAUCUAUGACCAGAACAGCGGCAUUCUGCAGGCCAAUAUCAGCGCUAAGUUUGCCAUGUUUAGUGUCACUGGACUCGAUGCGGGUCGAUUGUUUAGAAUCUAUGUUUAUGCCGUCAAUGGUCGUGGCCGAAGUGAAUCGGUGGCUCUCGAUGGCUACACUUUGAAGGCAGCCGAGAAGCAAACUGUUGCAUUAACCUCGUACAAAGGUAGCGCUCAGGGAGCUAACAGCUUUGAGCUAACACCCAUUCUAUCCAUUGGCAUCUUUGUGGGCAUUCUGGUGGCACUUGUCUGCAUUGGCAUCGGAACGAUUGCGGCGUUGAAGCUGCGCUCACAUAAGCAUCAACAGCAGCAGAAAUUUGCACAUUCGAAUGCGAAGUUCUCACGUCCAGGCAAUUUGCAAAUUAAGGAUAAAAUCUCAUUGCCGCUGAGCCACUCCGAGGAAAUGUACGACGAGAAGAAUCCCGAUGUGGUGCCAUACAAUGAGGUUGAUGGAGAAUAUAAACAAAAAUCAGCAACACAAACGCCAUCGGGACAUCUUUCAACAACCAGCGAGGCGGAAAUCAGUUGCAAACCCGGCUCCACAGCUGGCAUUGGCAUCGGCGUCAACGUUGGUGCCGGCAGCUCAGCGGAUAGCGGCGCUUACCAGAGCAGCAAGGACGACGAGCUGCACUAUGCGGAGCUAUCAUUAAACAGUGCAGCAUGCAGCUCGAAGAAAAGUCAGUCGGGUCAAGGUUCAGUGCAGCAGCAACCACAGCAACAACAGCAGCAGCAACAGCAGCCAGUUUUGGGUGGCACCUUGCCACACGGCUCGAGUAUGCGCAAGCUGUUGCCCAACAUUCCAGCGACAGCGACGUUGCAACGGCACAAGCCAAAUGCGGGCGGGCUGCAGCAUCCGCAUCAGCAUGCGCCGCCGCCCACAUAUGAUUAUUUCGAGGAGCCCACGAUAUACGCGCAAAUCGAUGCAUACAAGACACGAGCUGGGGCCGCUGUCGCUGCCAUGCAGGUGGACACAACAGCCGGCUCGGGCUUUGGGCCGUGCAUUUCAUCGCCAGGAUCGCAGGGCACACCCUCGACCGUGUCACCGGGCACGGUGCAAAUGUAUACGCUGCCCUCGCAUCCGGGCGGUUAUCACACCCUGCCGCACAAUCAUCAGCAUCAACAGCAGCAGCAGCAGCAGCAACAGCAGCAGCAGCAUGGUCAAUCGCAAAUGCCUCACAGCUCGGCAUCCAUGAUGCAAAUGAUGCAUCAACAGUUGCAGCAUCAUCCAACUGGCAAUAUGCCAAUGCCACCCUCCUACCAGCAGCAUCAACAGGCACAGCAGCAGCAACAGCAGCUGGCACAUGGCCAAAUGCUCGUCUCGAGCAAUAGCAGCGGGCUCGCCUCAACGGCAGCCGUGGCCAGUCCCAGCAGCUCGCUCUCAGGAUUAUCGGGCGUGGGCAAGUCCUAUUCGCGUGAGAUUGUCACUGUCCGUACGCCGCUCAUGUAUUCGCAGCAGGAGAGCUGCGUCUAAGUCUCGCUAUGUAGUCCUGUAAGUAUUCAGCUCCUUGAGGUUUGUGUCUAGGCUAAGCGUUGCCAAAAACCAAUUACAAGCAAAACAAUACAAAACAAAAGACAUUUAAAGAAACAAUUCUAUUUUAUGCUAAUCGCCAUUUGCCGACUUCCCAUUUACUAGUAACGAAUACGAAUAAAGCUAGCAGUUAGAACGAUUUAAUUAUAAAUGUCAAUGCAUAACGUAAAUAUCUGAUCUGAGAAAAAGCAACAAAAAUCCAUUCAAUUAAUAAGAAACGACAGCAAAUUGCAAAUCGAAAUAUUGAUAUCAAUCCAAUGCAAAUAGUAUAUAAGAGAUAUCAAUGCACAGAUUCAUAAAUUUAUUUUUAAUUGUCAUAGUUCGAUUAGCAAAGUCGAACAUCAAUUUGCAAAAAUACAAAAAGACGGCAAAACUAAAUAUGAAGUGUAUCUAAAACUGGCACAAACCUAACGCUAGUUUUAAUUGUCAUUGGACAUAUAUAACGAAUAUAAUAGAAAAAUGUGUAAAAAUUAUGACUUUGACAGUAAUGGGAAGUUUUAUUACUUUACUUUAAUAUUUGAAACUCUGAAACAGCAACAAAGAAUUCCAAUUAUAUGAAAAGGUUCCUUCCUUACAGUAAGUACUCACUCAAGACGGCAGAUGACACAAAGAACUAAAGAAAGCAUUCAACUUCGUUCAAAUUAAAUGAAACAUCAAUAAAUACUUUCCAAUUUGACUCUGUAAAUGUUUGUAAAUGUUAUUCUAUUGUAACAAAAACAAAAACGCCAGCAAAUUAUAGUAACUAAGCUCAAUAUGAAUUAAACGUAAUCGACUAGAGAAGCUCACACACAGAAAACUCAACAUAAAACCGAUAAAAAAAAACAAAACAACAUGAAAAAGAAAACAAACUUCUUGGCAAUUAUAUUCAAAUUAUACGAAAAUUUAAAUUAAAUUUAUACAUAGUAAAUUAAACACUUACACACAUACACUCAUCACACAUAAAACAACAAAUUAGAUGCAAUUAGUUUAGCAUAAAUGAUUAGUAGCUCAUUUUAUGUAAAUAGCAAAAGGUUAAGUCAAUGCAAUGAGUUUUAAUCGAUGUGUCAUAAAUAACAUAAAUGUAAAUUAGUUGCGUAUUCAAAAAUAAAACAAAAAUCCAAAAGACUAAAACGUUUUCAACAUUUCUUUAUCAAUUGAAAAAUGUGUGUAAAUUGCAAUUUAAACCUUGUAUUUUUUCAUAGACGUAUACAGAAAAUAUAUUUCAAAUAUAUAGUAUCUAUUUAUAAUAUUGAUAAAUAAAUGUAACUGCACUCUGUAAAUUAUCGUUGCAACUUUAUACUUAUGUUAUUGAAUACAACAAACUUUAAGAUCCUAGGUUUAAUAUGUAAAAAUUAAUGCAAAGUAAAAGCAAAUACGAGAAAAAUAGUUACCAAAAAUACACAAAGUCUAAAUAUAUAUUGAAUAGAUAUAUAGUAUAUAUAUAGAUAUCUGAAUGUAUCUUAAACGUGAUGUCUCUUAAAUUAAACUAAUCGGAAAUGGAAUGCGUCAGAGAUAAGUGUAUGUAUGUAUGUAGGCGUGACACGCGGAUGAAGAAGUAAGUUUAGCUAAUUGAUAAUAAAUUAAUUUAAAUUAAAUGUAAAUUAAAAGUGCAUACAGAAAUUAAUAUUUAUGAUAAACAAAUAAAGAUACAAUGCAAAUAAGAUAUAAAUGUAUGUUAUUUUAAGCACUCGAAAGAAAAACAAAGACAAAACAUGAGAAAAGUCCCCAAACCAAACCAAAACAUACAAGGAAUACAAUAAACAAACUGAAAUGAAACCUAAAUAAAUUCAAAAAUAAAUUCGAAAAAUU